GCUACUCAAUUUCUCUCAGUUCCAACGGUCCGGUUCUUGUGUUUGGACUAAGCUACCUCAUGGUUUCAUUAAGUGUAAUGUGGAUGCAGCCAUGAACAAUAUUACUGAUAUCGUUAGGGCUGGUUGGAUGGUGCGGGCUGAAGAGGGAUUUUUUAUUAAUGCUUUCCAAACAACCUUUCCAGGAGCUCAAGAUUCUAAUGUGGCCGAAGCACUGUCUUUUCAUGAAGCUCUUAGUUGGUCUAAGAGUAAUGCCCUCCACCAUGUGGUCUUUGAAUUAGACUCUCUUGUGCUUGUUCAGGCACUGAAAUGGAAGCAACCUGAUGCUUUAUAUUUUCGCAGUCUUGACUGUAGGUCUCUCCUUAAUGAACUUUUAGCUAGUUCAGUUGUUUUUGUAAAGAGAUCGGUGGAUAUCGUUGCACUUGCAACUUUUACUUAUUUUGUCUGA